CUGUGUGAUAACUGUGCAACAGCCUACGUAAAACAAAUCAUUUCCUACGAGAACAGAUCCAUGGGUAACUUAGGCAGUGGGAGCUCUACCACCCACUCCUAGGUGUCUCAACUUCUUAUUGCCCAUAGGUAUAGGAAAAGUCAAUCUCCUUUAACACUGAGUACUCACCACAUAUUGACUAGAAGAUACCCAUUGGUUAAAGAGAGAUCACUGAGAACAAAGUGCAUCCUAAACCCUUCAUACUUUCUCAGUUACCAUCAGGAGAAAACAUUUAUUGAGAAAAUUUGAGCUUGCAUUUUGUUCUCUAUUGCUGUGAUUUCUGCUUUGCUGAAGACUUCCCAGAGGAAUAAGAGCAGUUAGUAAUUAACCAAAUAUUUCUCACCAAUCAAUAAUUAAGAACAGCAUGGAAAUUAUGAGGUACAACAUGUAGGAAACUCAUAGGCUUAACUCAUUUGUAACAAAACUCAACUGCUUUACCAGAGAAAGUGAUAGCUACAAAAAUUUUCCCUCCAUGCUGCCUUUGCAGUACAGCAGUGCUUCACAUGACCAGUUCUCAAGGACAAUUUCUAAGAACCUUUCUGUAGUCUUGCUUUAACCCAGUUAAACAGUUUCUUUUGAAAAGGUUUCAGUUCCUGUACAUUUCUUAGCAGGUUUUAGGCAUUUCAUUUCGGAAAGGUGAAGUGUCAAAUUGUUCUCCCAUCACGGUCUUCUGUCCAUCCUGAAAAGAGGAUCAAUGGUGAGGCACAUGGAACACUGCUUUCUGAAGACUUUCUGUACAUCAUGUGAAAGCUACAGAUGCAGUCAGCAUGAGGGAAAGUUCCAUUGCAGCCUGUUAAAUUACAAGAUGGUAACCUUCAAGGAUUUGGAAUCUUACAGAAACUUGUGAAAAUAAAUUUGCCUAUGGAACAUCAUCUCCAAUAGAAAAGUUUAAUAAAGGAUUGAUUAUGCUUUCUUCAAAUAACUCAAGCAAUUUAACUCAUUGCUCUGACUUUGGAAAUAGGUCCUGUUCUGAGACCUUUAGGUCACCUGGAGUAUGAGGGGUAAUGUAUCUAUACAUAACAGCAGCCUUCAUUCUCACCAUCUCAGGGAAUCUGGCCAUAGUUGUCUCUAUCUCGUAUUUCUAGCAGCUCCAUUCUCCCAAUUUCCUCAUCCUAUCCAUGGCUGUCACUGAUUUCCUGCUGGGCUUUGCCAUUACGCCUUAUAGCAUGGUGAGGUCGUGGUAUUUUGGGAUGAUGUUCUGCAAAGUUCAUUACAGUUUCAACCUCAUGCUCUGCUUAGUUUCCAUUUUCCGUCUUUGUUCCAUUGCUGUGGAUCGGUUUUAUGCAAUCUGCCAUCCUCUGCAUUACACCAGCACCAUGACUGUCAUCACCAUAAAACAAGUCCUAGUAGUGUGCUGGUCAGUGCCUGCGGCUUUUGCUUUUGGUGUGGUUUUCUCAGAAGCUUAUGCUUCUGGAAUUGAGGGCUAUGAAAUGCUGGUUAAAUGCUCGAGCUCAUGUCCUAUUAUGUUCAACAAACAGUGGGGGACUAUUUUAUUCACAAUUGGUUUACUUGCCCCUUCUUGUAUAAUGAUAGGGAUUUAUGUUAAAAUUCUAACAGUAUCCCAAAGGCACACAUGUGAGUUGAGCCAGGCACAAAGACAAACAAAAAAUAAGACAAAUGAUCUUUCUGGGAAUAAAGAUAGGAAAGCUGCAAAGACUUUGAGCAUAGUUAUGCUGGGUUUCUUAAUAUGCUGGUUUCCUUGUUUUUUCACUAUCUUAAUUGAUACAUUUUUAAAUUUCUUUACUCCUUUACCUUUGUUUGAUGCUCUAAACUGCUCUGGGUAUUUAAAUUAUUUCUGUAAUCCUUUAAUAUAUGGCUUUUUCUAUCCAUGGUUUCAGAAGACAUUUCUCUUAAAAGGCAAGAUAUUUAACCCAUAUUUUCAUACAGUAAAACUUCUAGCUGAAUAUCAGUCACAGUAAUAGAUUCUACUAUAGACAGCAGCUCUAGAAAUGAAGAACUGUGGGUUACUGAAUAUCAUUAUAUAUAUAUAAAAUUGCUGAAUAUUCAAUAUUCAAUAAUAUGAAUUAUCCAUAUUAGUAGAAGCCUGAAAUGCACAAUAUGAAUUUUAAUUCA